AUGCAACUCGACCUUAGCCGCCACACCUUGGAUACGUUCGAUGUUUGCAAACAUCUGACUUCGUAUGCUGCUGCGAACCAUCUCGACGAUGCCUCGUGCACCCUGGCGGCGAUGCAAAUCACGCACCUUGAUUUAUCUUUUAACGCAUUGCAUGUUGUCUCAGGUUUAAAGCACUUGCCACAUCUCAGAGUCCUGAACCUGUCGCACAAUUUAUUGUCCUCGCUUGAAGAUGAGCUGCCGCCGAGACUUUCAAAUUUGAAUAUAUCAUAUAAUAAACUAUCAACCUUGCGAUCCGGGGCACUGCAGCCUUUACAGAAGCUGCAAACGCUCGAUAUCUCCUUUAAUUGCUUGAAAGAUCUCCAUGGUUUUCCGGAAGCACCUGACGCAUUACGAGUUUUAAACGUCUGUGGUAAUCAAUUAACAACCCUCUCAGACAUAAUGCAAUGCAUUCGCUUAGAAGAGCUAUACGCAAAUAAAAACGCUCUAAAAGAAGCAAACGAUCUAUCCGUGCUCGAAAUCCUCACACAAUUGCGCGUUUUCACGCUCUCAGAGAACCCUAUCCUGCUGUUUCCAAAGAAGGUGCAAGCCAUUCACCUGCUGCUGCCACCAGAUCUAGAGCAAAUGGACGUUCCGCCUAUGAAUGUGUUGGACAGUGUAAAUCGCUCUUCUCGUUCAACUUCAACUGCAGUAGCCUCCGUGAAGUGUGAAAACGAUGAGGUGGUCAUCGAUAAUGAAGCCAGUGAGAUCGUGGAGGUGUUGAUGUCGAUACCUAGCGCACAACAAGAGGUUCAGCCUCAUACUUUCUUUAACACCCAGCCCUAUUCGCUGCAGCAGCCGCACGACAUUGCAAGCAUCGAGGCUGACGAAGUUCACGCAAAUGGUUCUUCUAGAGCGUCGAUGGGCUUACCUUCCCCGUCCCGUUCUCACGAGUGCGGGGGAAAUAUUCAACCGGGCUGCCAGAGCCCGCACGAAAAAGAAACUCGAGGGCCACCUCCAGACUUGCAGGGGUCUCUACCAGUGGAGGAAGCAUGGCAACUUGUUCACAAACAGGUCAUGGUCGAGCGCGAGGCCUACCGACUGCAAGUCGAGGCUAUGCAAAAGAAAGUCCAUGACCUUACACAGCUCCUUGAGGAACAACGCGAGGCCACAUUUGCGAUGCUACGCAUCAACGAACAGUUAGGAAAACGCUUGCUACCUACCCUAGCAAAGGGAGGGCGUCGUGAUGUGGGAAUACAAUGUAAUGCCCCGCACAAGGUGAAUGUGGUCUCCAUCACAGAGAACGCCGAUUCCAUGAAGAGGCUUGAUGGCAAUCCGCCAAAACGCUAUCACGCGGCCUCCCCACGCCUGGCAUCUCCACGCACCCGUCCAGAGGCGCCCGCGAUGCCCAACUCCCCCCUUCGCAUCCCACCCCUUGCACCCCGACCCCUCACAGCGGCGUCGACGUCUGGGGGCAAUUCGCCCAAAGAGGACAACUCAAAUGGCUCGAUGCCUCGGCGGCAGCCGCGUUCGCAAUCAGCCUUGGAAGCUCCUCACAAUGGCUCUCUCCGGCAUCCCACCAUACCUUCGAGGCGCAUUAUGUCCCCUUCCCCAACGUCGCCUGUAAUACACAACGACGCGCAGAUGGUAGGACGCGACCAACCUCCGACGCACGGAAGCCUGAACCAACGGGCCGGGCCGAAUGACUUGAAAAUCAGCCGCAAAGUAUCGACAGGGACGCACCCGGCAGAGCCUAAAAGAAAUACACGAGAAGUGGCUACCGCACUCAUGUCCCUCUUGCGCCAUCCAGAUGCAUAUUCCGAUAAAUUCCGUUAG